AUGCACGUGCAAGGCAAAUGUUUCAGAAAUGUUGCUGGUUGUUUUACAUUAGGAAAUUUCAGCAUCGAUGCAUCGUCACCAGGUUCGCAGGGAUUCAGUGGCGGUGGGCAGAGAGCGCCGUCUGCUAAUCCGAGCACUGACACUGGGGACAGUGCACAUUUUACGCAUCUUUCAGGCAGCACUCCGAACAGCAGCGGGAACAAUGCAUCUGUUGUUGGUGGCCGACGAGACUUCGGCGUCGAACGAUUCCUUCAAAAUAAGGGACGUUUGAAUGACAGGGGUCAUAAUAGUGGCAGUACGGCACAUUACGACAAUUAUUCGUCGUCUCCAUCAUCUCGGAAAGGUCAUGAAACAGCAAUAACAUCAAGCUACAGGAAGGAAACGCGUGACCGCAUUGAUGCCAUAGUAUUUCUUGCUGUGCAUUUUUAUGAAUUAAUUUUUCGGUCGUUUUUGAUAACCUUUUUGACUGUCAAUAUUGGAAUUUUUGAUCGGUGUUGA